ACUAACGUUGGUCGUUUCUUCCUGCAGCAACAAAACAAAAAAAAAUGUUUUUCCAACACUGUAUGCGUGCGAAGAGGACUCAUGAAUCUAAUCUCGGUAAUUUCACUUGGUGCUUAGGGUUCAUAUGCAGCUAUGGCGUGUACCUCAUCGCCUUCGCUGCCCUGUAUUGUGAACAAAGGUGAAAACGCCUGUUUGGAGAUGCGCAAUUUGGUUUCUGCUCGGGUCACUGGCAAUGCAGCUGUAGAAAGCCGAAGUUUUUCACUUGCAAGACGAAGUUUUGCAAGUGGACACAAGAAUGUGAUUGCCAAACGAAGGACGCCCUGUGUGCGAGUUAGAGCCCAAGUAGCAGAAAAGCCUACCAUUGACAAUGCUACUGUCCUGGUUGUCGGCGGGGGUGGUGUUGGAAUGGCUGUUACCAGAAAUCUUGCCAAAGCCGGUUCAUGGGUGACCGUCUUCCAAAGAAGUGAAAAGUUCCGCAAAGAAGUGGAGGAGCUGGGAUCAAUGUUGGCUAUUGGCGAUGUUCUUGAGCCAUUGACAGUGGAGAAGGCCUUCAGAUCAAACUCGUUUGAUGCGGUUGUCUGCACUGUUGGUGGAGGAACUCAAAACGUGAAGGUGGACCAGGAUGGCACAAUUAAUGUGAUCAAUGCUGCAAAGAAAGCAAAUGUUAAGCGGUUUAUCAUGGUAUCCAGCAUUGGAGCUGGAGAUAGUGAAAAAGCCAUCGAUGCAAAGACUUUAGCAACGUUGGGUGAAGUCCUAAAAGCAAAAACCGUUGCCGAGGAAGCUCUGAAAUCCAGUGGCUUGGACUACACCAUCAUUCGCCCUGGAGGCUUGAACAACGAUGCGCCAUCGGGAAAUGGAAUCUUGACAGAGAAUUCAAGCGUGGUGGGGCUCAUAUCCAGGACCGAUGUCGCAUCACUUAUCUUUCGCAUUCUCUUUGACGAGCGAACUUACGGGAAGACCCUAUCGGCUAUAGACUCCCAGAGGUUGUUUCCACCUACAACUUCUUUGGACGGAAUAGAACUGCUGGCGUUAAGUUAAAUCUCUUCCUGCAGACAGAAUAGGCAAGGAAAACUUGACUCUUUCUUCUGCUACUGUUGUUUGGGACUGCCACGAAGAUUGGAAUUGAUUUUUCAAUGAAGUCAGACUCAUAAACUGGAAA